CUUUACCUUCCGUUAAGCAAACGUGAUGUGUACAAGUUGAUUUGACGCAUUUUGCCAGAUUUUAAUUUUGUUAGAAAAAAUGCUUCCAGGAAAAUUCCAAACGCUUCUGUAUUUCAUGACACUAGUCGUUAUUGUUUGUCAUUUUAAUGUGGUAUAUGGGAAACCAGAAGGAACAAAUGUUGUAAAUAAUACGAUUUCAACCAGUCUGAAACCUUCUGAAACAAAUUCAACAGGAGAAUGCACAGGAACAAAUUGUACAAAAGACAAAUCAGAUGGCAGCUUAUUACAUAUGUUUAACAACAAACCAAUGUUGAUGAGAGCCUUUUAUGUUCUUUUAGCAGUAACAUCAAUAGUGAUAGUCUAUUUUGUUGUCAGGGCUUUGAGAAUUAGAAGGAAAAGAAGUAAAUCAAGAAAAUAUGGAUUGAUUACAGCAAGAGGAACUGAUAUGGAGAUGGCGCCACUGGACCAGGAUGAUGAUGAUGAUGAAGAUAUGACAGUUUAUGAAAUGAAUAGUCGGAAGAAAUAAUAAUCUUACUAAAUGCAAAAUGCUCACAUUCCAUAAAGACAGAAGAAGUAAAACGUCCUGUGAAUAUGACCGAAUAUAUAAAUAAAAUGUGUUCUAUCUAAGAAUUUCAUAUACACAAAACAAAUUACUUAAGAUAUUAAUGUAAAAUUGGUUGAGAAAUUAUGGUGCUUUACACUAUGUAGUGAGUGUAAUUUAUCUCUUAAUUUUAAUGCAUAUUUAUAAUCAAAGCUUAUGAUCAGCAUUUAGAUUCACUAGACUCAUUUUCUUUAAUUUCUUAUAUAUGCUAAAAAUUGCAUUUUUCACUCAGUCUUCCAAAAUCUGCAAUUUUGUCGAGUUUUCUAGAGAUAGUUUUUAAAAAUUCUCUUAAAUGGCGAAAGAAAUUUUUUCAGCUUGUUAGUUGAUGCCUUAUUGCAUGCUAAUUUGAUCCUGAUAAAGGAAAAAAUGUUGAGUUUGCUGAAUUAGUUUCUGUUUGAAAAGAGAAAAAAAAAAUUUGUAAAGAACUGGUUCUCUCAAUCAAUGUUGAAACAACGCAAAAUCAAGGUUUUUGAAGAUAUGUUAAUACCUUGUCUGUUUCUCUUGUAUAGGGAUUAAUGUCUUUUUCAUAGCGAGGCAGAUUUAUGGAAGACUAGUACAUUUUUGAUAAUUUUUCAUUUUAUAUAUACAUGUAUUGGAAAAGACAUUUUAUACAAAUUAAGUACAUGUAUACAUUUUGUGAUUAUAGAUUUCCACUCUAGCUUGAAUACUUUAAAAUAUAAAAUACUCAAAUUCAUGUUCAUGUAAUAUAUUCUGAGGAAUGAAAAGAAAUAGCUAAUGAACCAUUACUGUAAUGUUUCUUGAUCUUUUAUAAUUUGAAAGGACCA